GCGCCCACCCCCGCCGUGGGGAGGGGGCGGGGGAGGCGCGAGCGCGGGGCGGCGACGCCGCGAGAGCUCGGCGGUAACGGCGGUGAACGGCGCGCGGGGGACGCUGGGCUGCGCUGCGCUGCGCGGGAGGCGGGGCCGAGGCCUUCCCCCGCCCCGCCCCGCCCCUCCCCGCCCCGCCCCGCGCGCAGCUGCUCAGCGGGCAGCGGGCAGCAGCCCGGGGCCGAGGUGCGGCUGUGGCGUGUGCGUGGGGGAGCGGCGAGGGGCUCCGCGCGGCGAGGGGCGGAGCGGUCCCGCGCCUGCGGCGCCCGCGGGGCGGCCUCCGCGCCGCUCCUCGCGGCCGCGGCUCCGGCCCCGCGGCCGUGCCCCGGGCAGGCUAGUGCACGUGACAUAGGAAGAGUCUGAGUAAAACUUAAAGAGCCAUGGCAACACACUGGAGGAGAAUCCUGAUAACAUUUGUGGCAGCUCAAGCACUAUUUGCGGUAAAUACCUUUGAGGAAGAGGAUGUGCCUGAAGAAUGGAUUCUUCUUCAUGUUGUUCAAGGUCAGAUCGGAGCUGGAAACUACAGCUAUUUGAGACUAAAUCAUGAGGGAAAGAUAGUACUUCAGAUGCGGAGUUUAAAAGGUGAUGCAGACUUGUAUGUAUCUGAUAUGACUCUUCACCCAAGCUUUGAUGAAUAUGAGUUACAGUCUGUAACUUGUGGCCAAGAUGUUGUUCAUGUACCAGCACACUUCCGCCGCCCAGUGGGAAUAGGGAUUUAUGGUCAUCCCUCUCACCUGGAGAGCGAGUUUGAAAUGAAAGUAUAUUAUGAUCGAACAGUUGUACAAUAUCCAUUUGGUGAGGCUUCUUACAACCCAGAAGAAAUGGAGACAAACCAGAAAUACUCACACUCAGCAGAAGAUGAAUCUCAGGAGGAAGAGUCUGUUUUCUGGACCAUACUUAUUGGAAUAUUGAAACUAAUACUUGAAAUUCUUUUCUAAAUUGAUACACACUGGACUAAAUCACAUUUGAGCCUGUGAAAUUGAAUAUGAAUGACUUGCUGUAAUACUUAGUAUUCUUUGUGAAGUUUCCUGAAGAGGUAUCCAGGUUACUUUUUCUAUACCCAGAAAGGAAGGGGGGGAAAAGCCAUACUUAAUUUUAAAUCCUCUCCUAUAUGUAAAUAGAGCAGCAAGCACAGUAUUUAUAGUGUUCUUCAGAGAUCAGGGCUUAAAAAUGAAUGUACAGAUGGGAAUCUUACUAAAUUCACUUUAAAUAGGUGCUUAGGAAAAAAAAUAACCCUAAUUCAGUAUUUUCUAUCAAUUUUUUAUUUUAAAAAAAAAGAUGCUGCACUUCAGUGCCCCUCUCAAUUUAAAGCAUAUUUAUAAAUAAGAUCUGCUGCUCUGAACAAGCAUCUUCAGUAAAACUCAUCAGCAAUGGCUUUUGAGUCAAACUGAGGAGCCUAGGGUGAAAGAAGGAAAAAACAAAUAAACACCUAAGGGAAUAGGUGAUCUAUAUUUUUGACUGCUUGUGCUCUAUGUUAUUUAAGUCAACCAUCUGCAAGUGGAGGCCUGUCCACUCACUCACUCAUCACCUCUGCAAAUCCAUGACAUGAAUCAAGUGCAUGUUGUUUCUUCAUUAUUGCUAUACAGAGAGUAAGCCUUCAGCUGUUCUUAUCUGUCAUUAUGACAUUCCUCAUUAAAAGCAAUGCAGUGUAUAGUAUCCUGAGCUUGGGAGGUGUUUUCUUAUGCCUCCCCUCAUAAUUUUGUGGGUUUUUUUUUUUUUUGGUAGACAUGUUUACAGUCUCAGUACAUCUUUAUGAAUAAGUCAUUAACUUGUAAAGAAAACUGUCACUGAAAGGAAUUUACAGUACAUAUUAAGAAGGUCAGGUCAUGCCCAUACUUCCAUGAAAGUUAAUUUUUCCAAGAAUAUUUUUGUUUUGGUUAGGUCUUACAAAGUAACCAGUUGCUAUGCAAAUAGUGUACAUUUAAAUUGCUCUGUAACUUUCUUUUCACAGAGCUUACUGAUAAGUGCACUGAAAUGAACAAGUAUGUUAAUAUAGUUUUAUACAAAUGGUGCGUGUACAAUUUAAAUUUCACUAUUGAAAGUUUUCUCUUUCUGAAUGGGAAUUUGGCUUUUCUAUCUAGACAUCUGACAGGACACAGUUAGUGAAUUUUAUCACAAAAAAUCAUUAUAUAGCCAAAAUUAAAAGUUUAUUUGGUAAAAAGAAAAAAAAGUGGUAUUGUUCCUCUCAGAGUGGUUGGUUAAAUAGCACCAAAUUAUCACUUAAACUUGUGCAGUUAAGUUUUGGACAACAAGGGAGUUUGGUUUGCUUUGCUUUUUUUUUUUUUUUUUUUAUCCCUCCUUGCUGUUUUUCCCCCUUCUUCCUCCUCUUCUGGGUACAGGAGGGUCUUUCUGACAACAAUCACAAAUCCAGCGACCUAAGAAAAGAAAGUUAUCCAUUAUUGGGAAGCUACCUUUGAUACUCACUCCUCUAAGUUAUGCACCUUUCACCAUUUUAAUAGGUGCUAAUCUAUUUGUAUUGGCUCCUUUAAUGUAAAUAACCAGUGUUUUUCUAUAGAAUGUAAACAUCUUUUCUAAAAGGUAUAGAAAGUAGCAUAUAAAAUUCACCCUUCCUUGCAGACUCAUUACAUGUAACAAUUGGCUACACAUGUUUAUGGACAACGAGAAAUAAAAGCUAGCACUGUUAAGGAGGUGAUUACAGGAAAGAAAGAACUUGACAAAUUAUGUUUGAGGUUGCAAAUUAAAUUUUCAUGCAAGUGCUCACAAUUCAAAGUUAUGGGCAAUUACUUUGAGCAGAAAUGAAUGGCAGUUGGAGAAUGUUGCCAUUCUUCUGCCACAGAGUACUAGGUCCCAUUCCCCAAAUCAGUGUCAGUUAUUUCAGUGCAGUCAGGCAGCACAGAUUAAACUGUUAGCAGGGGUUUGUCACCAGACCUCAAACUAAAACUUGUUUAUUGAGGGAACAAUAAUGGGUAGAGAAAAGAGCAGGAGCAUUACUAUUUAUAUUGCAGCAGCUGGAAUCAUAAAGUUGCUUUGCUAAUUUUAUGGUUUUGUAGGAACAUAAUCUAUUGUUUUUAUAUUCUGUCCUUAGAUCAGCCUGAAAGUUAAAUCAGCCAUAGAACCUGUACUGAAGUGGCAGCUGGUUUGGGUACUUCCAAAAUGGGAAUAUACAACAGGGAUUUGUUCAUAUUUGAAAUACUAUAGUUAUAGGGAAUACUGUCAUCACUGAACUUGCAGCCACUGAGCAUUUAUGUAUUCAUGAACUUACUGUAUACCAUGGAUUUAAUAUUACACAAAAACUGAGAAUACUACCAGUAAUUUAGGUCUCUGGAGCUUUCUUUACACUGCCUUGAGUUGGCCAGGUGAUAUGAGUGACCAGGUAACUUAAAGGUACAGGCUGCCUGACAUCUAGGUACUUUACUUCCAGCUUUGAUGUUUAAAAAAAUAAAAAGGGGGAAAGGGAGGAGUUUAAAAAGGUGUUCCCAAAUAUUAAGUUGAGCAUAGUUUUUAAUUUAGAAACUGAAAUAACAGCACAAACAUUUUAAUGUGAAAGUUAUAUUCCAGCAAUAUGCAGCAAUGCAGCCUCUUUACAGGUUUCUUUUAUUAAGAGAAGUAAUUAUCCUUAGUGUUCUUUGGAAAUAUAACAAAAAAUAGAGUUCUGGGUGAGUCUGCUUGGAUUCUGUUGUAAAAGCCAAUUAUAUUUCCUGAUUCCUAGGAAUUGUCAGGUUAAACUGUAAACAACCAAAUAUACAGAAAUAAAGCUUAUUAAAAACUGA